CGCAGCCUUCUGUACGUCGAUAUCUUCGGACGUCUCAAAGUCGUGCGUCAACCAAUGACGCCAAAAUGGACAUCUGUCAUAUCCAACGGCUUCCGGAAGAGCUCCUCCUGCAGGUCCUGGCCGAAGUCGCAGAUUUGGAUGGUGGCCCACCGUCUGCGUCGAGGUUCGGGCUCGAGCCGUCGGCAGAGCUCACAAAGUCGGCGAAUCAACCGCUCAAAGUCUUCUCGUUGGUCUGCUGGCGCUGGCGCAACGUAGCAAAGCCGCAUUUGUUCCAGUACGCUCGAGUCUGCCUACCCUGCGACGCGGGAUGGCUACGACUCUGCACGGGACUGAGUCAAUGGAUCCGGGCGAACUGUCGAAAGACGCCAAAAAUGCUUCGCCUCACGGGCAAAAUAGAUAACCUCGUGCAAUCGUUGACAUUUGAUUCUUCGGUAGACGUCGAUGCGGACCGGGCGUUGGGAUUCGAGUUCAUGCCGCAAGGUGAAGAUGUCUGGCCGACCGAGUACUACCAUUGGAUGCCAACUGCGAAGACUGACGUUGCUCAAUUCUUGAACUUUGUCCAGCGAAACAAUCUUGUUGAGAAGAUUAAGAGUUUGGUCGUGUUUGCGCACAAGAGUCUUAACGAAAAGCGUUCCAGCCAUGAGGAGAGCAUCAUAUACGAUGAGGUCAAGACGAUGUGGAGUGAGAUCUUCAAGGCGCUGCCUCUGCAACGAGUCCUCGUCGUUGCCCCUCCUUCGACCAUGGCAGUUUUGUCUGGUGGUACAGACAGGGCGUGGGAUUCAUGGCUCUUCCAGAUGCCGUAUCACUAUCUCGAGUUUUCUUCGCCUCAAGACUCCACCGACGAGGUCGAUCAUACCGACGCAUCGCUUCCUCGUCGUCCACAGGGACGCAGUUUUGAAACCUUGCUCUGCAACAUCCGUCCUUGGACUCACAUGGCGUACAACGAAGGAACGGCGCUUCGAGGAUACGGACAGUACGAAUACCAAUGGAAGAAGCUUCCCUACGUCUUUCCAAGUCUAAUUGAAUGGUUGGUUAAGGAGAGAAACUCUGCCAGAACGCCGAAAAUUCGGACCAUCGAAUACAUUUCGCUUUUCCCGUACGCGUCGCACUUGCGAAACUUUGUGCUCGGGUUAGCCAGUAUGGAACAUCUUCGAGAACUCAAGGUCAAGCUCGCCGAGCCGGACUUGCUGGAGAACGCCGAACUCAUGGGCAAGGCCCAGCCAAGCGACGCGUACAACGAAUGGGACCAUUGCUAUCGUAUCAUAGGUCACCAUUUUUUGGCCUUGGCUCAGCCAGGCACAACUUUCAUAUCGGCCGACACGCGAUUUGCCGCGUUGAAGAGCCAGAUUCAGGAUUGCAUCGAGCGGAGAAGCGUUGUACCUCUCGCGCAUCGCUUGGUCAUGGAGGAGAAGGGGGAUGGAACAAUUAUCUGGAAAGUGAGAGACGUUUCUUGAUUGUAAAGACGAGCCAAAGCACAGCUGGUUUCUGGUCCUUUGGAGGACAGUUUCCAGCCAUUCUAGCUAGAGGCUUGGGAGAGCGGCGGCCAAAGCCAGUCCCACGCGAGCAAUAGUAAGCAUGAUGGCAUGCAGUCCGGCUGAUGAAACCUGGAGUCCUGCUUGAGCUGCAAGUCGUUCGAUCCAACAAUGAGUUGUGACAAGCAGCCCGACAGUCUCUCGUCUAGCAAAAAUACUCAUUCACUGCUGGCUUCUGUAAGCCAUAUUGAGGCAUUAGGGACAUUGAUCUCGCUUGCAAACGGCGUGGUGUCACCAUGAUGAUAUAUUUCAUCGGCUUCGUGGACAUCCAUUUUAAGGCGCCGCGAGGACUUCAUCCUAGAGCCCAUCCCACGAAAUGAGAUAGCUCCGGCAAAUCUGCUAUGUUGUAUAUCCUGCACACAUGCUCAUUUAGAGAUCUACAGGAUCCAGCCUUCCUAAUACAGCCCUCUCUGUGCUCUAAUCGGAGUGAAGAAGCCCAUUGUAAGUUAAAUCACAAGUAAAAUAGAAAUCUUGCGUCGCUUCCGCUAUCAAUAGACACGCUAAUGUACUUACCACGUCACAAUUGGGGCGGCAGUGGCUGGGCUGGGCUAUAUGUUACCAUUUAUGUAAAACCUCUUUAGACGAGGCGACGGUGAGUGGAGAUGAACGUCUGAAGAUCUUGGAAGGGUCAAUGAAUAUGCCGCAUCGGGAAUACGUAUGCUUCGCUCUUAUCAUGAUAGAUUACUGCAUGUUGUGUGAUUAUGAAUCAGAU